UUAAGCACGACCAAUGCGAUCAUCAACGUUUAAAUUAUUUACUAAAAAUGGCUAAAAAGAAAAUUGAAUUGUUUAUUAAUAUUGACAACGAAAAAGAGUUUGAGAAUGUUAUAACAACUAAUUCGAAAACAUUGAUUUGCGCUGAUUUGUAUAAUUCUUACGCAGGACCCUGCGUUGUCCUAGAUCACCUCUUUGUAAGAAUUAAAUUGGACUGGAGUGAUAAUAAGAUUGUUCUUUUGAGGAUUCGAGUAGACGAUAUAUCAUCAUUGAGACGGUUUAAGAACCAUUGUGAACCUGUCUUUAUAUUUAUUUUGGAAAAAAGAAUUACAAAAAUAUUUCGGGGCGUAGACAAUACAAAGUUCGCAGAGGUCGCUAAAAAGGAGGUUGAAUAUUUUAAAGCGAGACUGGAAGGAGUCAUAGAUGACAGAAAAACUUAUAAUUUCGAUGAAGUACUACCAGAAGAACAGGAAUGGGUGAAACAGCUUGUUUUGGAGGAAAAGCAAGGAAAAGCUAUCGUUUUGAUCAGGAAGAAGGAAAGGCAGGCUGCUCGCAAGCGUCACCGGGCCGAGCUGAUGGUUCCUUACUUGCAGCACCUUAAUUUCGUGCUGUACUGGCCUCAUGCUGUUCACGCCCAUCCGGAGCUAUACGAACGAUGGGAUGUAAACAAUAUAAUAAUGGUUGGCCGCGAAGAAAUUCAGCUCACUAAAGAAAUGGCCGAUGACAUUUUAUACGCUGGCGAUGCUCCCAUCAAUGAAGCGUCCAUGCAUGUGUUGUUGUCAGGACCAGCUUUGGCUAUUUGUUUCAGACUGCUUGACACAGACAAACAUUUCGUCUCCCUUGUUCGUAAAAUACUGUAUGAAGAUCUCACACCGGUGGACGAAAGUAAGCCUAUUGAAAUGCAACUACCACAGAAAACGGCGUACGAUUACUACAAGUCGUACAGCUUAACGAAGGAAGAGAUACAAAAGAAACGUCGUGAUGAAAUUAUCAAAAGAAAGGAAGAGGAAAGGGAAAAACGUGCAAGAAGGCUAUCGGAGAUGCAGCGGCUAGCGAGACAAGCUAUUGAAGAUACCAUUGAAGCUAAGAGGGCGGAAAAAGAAAAAAGGAAACUGGAGCUGCUCAAAGCUGGGAAUUUAUCAGCUCUGGAGACAUUGAAAGAGGAACCAGAUGACGAAGAAGUGGACAUCACUAUACCGGAGGAGCUUUCUGAGGAGGAAGAAGAGAGUUCAGAGGAAGAAUGUGCGGAUGAAUAUUUGCCGCCAGCUGGUCUUGUGAUACCAGGGUUUUAUGCACCACCAAACGACAUAUCCAAAGCUAAUGGAUUGGCUAUACUGUUCCCUAAUCUGGUAUUGGAGAAUGUAACUCCCGAGUUGGAGUUUCUUCCGCCACACGUUCUGGUUAUGCUCGACAUAACAAAACGGUAUAAGGCCAUAGAGGCGAUGUCAAAGUAUAGACGCGAGAUAAUACAUAUUGGUAUUUUUAAAGCUACUAAUCCUCAUGAUGGUGAGCACGUAGCUUUCAGUGUGAAACAGUUCGACAAAAUUGAUCAAAAAUACGACGAGGAUCUCGUCAAAUUGGUUUUCAUGGUUUCUAUAAAAAGCGACCUGGCGCUGCUGAGUCUUGUGGACCUGGGUCCGUAUUAUGUCAGCGCGGAUGACACAUCUGGAGAACUGGAAUGCGCCGCCAUGUUUGAUGUGCACUACGCCGAUAAUUAUAAUGAAUUCGAAGAUUUCUCACAUUAAAUUAACAUAAAAUAUGAUAAUAAAUAUUCUUAAAUCAU